GCCAUAUUUGAAGCCCGAGAUGCCUUCUACAGAACAGACAAUUACCACAAUGCCGCCUAUCAAAGAACCUUCUUAUCAAUCCACUCUUCCUCUGCGGAAACAGCCUUCGACAGCGUCUACAGGCGAGAAUGGAAAACUGCAACACCCUACAUUCAUCUCUCUACCCCCUCCAUCACUACGAGCAUCCUUACUAUCAGCUUUGACACCUCCUUCAACAACACCUCCGGCAAUUGUCCGUGCAUUGGAAGCGAAUUCAGAGCUCAUCACGCCAGAAACAUCAUGCACCGACCUUCUCUCCGCCCAAUUGUCAUACGCAAACUCGCCGGCACUAUCACCAAUUGACAAAGGUCUAGGUGACGCAAAUGCACCUUCAAGUCCUGCUGUAUCAAAUAUGGAUGAAGGCGGAGAGAAGCGUGCCCGUACACCAGCAGAUAGCAGACGGCAGAGUCGACAAGACUUCAGCUACGCUACACCCCCUUAUGAGCCCUCGGUAUCAACGGACCAUACCAAAUACGUUUCAUUUCCGGCCCCAGAGCUAUUCGAGCAGAUGCAGUCGGCGGAACAGCAAGUUAAGGGGGCAUAGUGGAGAGCUUCACACAAGCAAAGGUGGGAUUGAGUUAUUUCUGUUCCUUCACACGGCGGGUCACGGGUGGGAAUUGAAUAUCGCGGAGUUUGUUUUUUCGGGUUAUAUCCUAUGGAGCAGUCCCAGGAGUGGACUCCCUCAAUAUCGGUCAUAUUGCAAGCAUAA